AUGGGAAUACAUGAUUUGGUGCAUGAUCUAGCUCUUUUUGUUGCAAAGGAUGAGUGUCUAUAUGUAAGUUCCAACAUUCAAAAUAUUCCAGAAAAUGUUCGGCAUCUGUCUUUUGCUGAAAGCAGUUUGUUUGACAAUUUAGUCAUAAAAAAAUCAGCAGCUGUGAGAACCAUACUGUUUCCAAAUGGUGCAGUAGGUGCCAACGGUGAAGCUAUGCUAAAUACGUGUCUGUCAAAGUUCAAAUGCUUGCGAGUUUUGGACUUAAAUGGUUCGACAUUCGAGACUUUGCCCCGUGCCAUUGCUAAGAUGAAACAUUUGAGGUAUUUGGACAUUAGCAAAAAUUUCAAGAUUAAGGGACUCCCCGACUCUAUUUGCAAUCUCCAAAGUUUGCAAGUGUUGUUCUGUAGCGAAUGCAUAGAGCUGGAAGUAUUGCCCAAAGGAUUAAGAAAAUUAAUCAGUAUCCGUCAUUUGGAGUUUAGCACAAAGCAAACUGUUUUGCCUGUGAAUGAGAUCACCAAAUUGGUGUCGCUUGAAUGCUUGGCUAUUGAAUCAUGCCAUAAUGUGGAGUCCGUCUUUGGAGGGGUGAAAUUCCCUUCUCUUAAAACAUUGCACGUUCGAAACUGUGGGAGUCUAAAGUCAAUGUCGCUAGAUGGUCAAAAUUUUCCCAAAUUAGAAACAUUGGUUGUUGAGAACUGCGAUAAUUUGGACUUGGAACUGUGUAAGGGUGAUGGUGAAGAAGAAAGCCCGAAGCUGAAGUUAAAACUUGUAUUUUUGGUCGGUUUACCACAGCUGGUGGCAUUACCUAAAUGGGUUCAGGAAGCUGCCAACUCCUUAGGGUGUUUGGUUGUUUUUAAUUGUGAGAAUAUUGAAACACUUCCAGAUUGGUUACCAACUCUGACUAAUCUGAAAUCACUUUAUCUACUAGAUUGCCCAAAUUUGGUAUCUCUCUCAGAUAACAUUCAUCACCUCACUGCACUUGAAACUUUGAAGAUUGGAGAUUGUGCUAACUUAUAUAAAAAAUAUGAACCCAAUGUUGGAGAGUUUUGGCCCAAAAUAUCACACAUCAAAGACUUUGUGAUUCAUGAACCAUAA